AACGAACGUAGUAGGAGUAGUACGUUACAACUCGCCACGAAAACCAGAGUUGAAAGCGGCAACCACCCACCCGAGCCCGACUCCUCCUCCCCUCCCGGCCAGAGUCCACCCCUCCUCCCUCCGCUCGCCCGCCGACACACGCGCAACGCGCGGCGCCGAACUCACCACCACCCCUCAUCCUCCUCGUCUCCGGCACCCGCCCGCUCUCUCGCCCCGCCAGCCGACAGAUUCCCGGCCACGAAGCUCGCUUCCGGCGAGAUCCCGCGACAAUGGAGGUGAGGACAGUAAAAGUUGGCAAUAUUUCGUUGAGUGCCUCAAAAAGGGAGAUCACAGAGUUCUUUUCUUUCUCUGGUGAUAUAGAAUAUGUUGAAAUGCAAAGCGAAACUGAUUGGUCACAACUUGCGUACGUCACAUUUAAGGACUCACAAGGAGCAGACACCGCUGUGCUUCUCUCAGGAGCAACGAUUGUUGAUCUUUCUGUCAUCAUAACUCCAGUUGAGAACUAUCAGUUGCCUCCUGAAGCCCGCAAACAAUUACCGGGAGAGAAUUCUCCCUCUGCUGAAUCUGCAGUCAGGAAGGCGGAGGAUGUUGUGAGCAGCAUGAUGGCCAAGGGUUUUGUCCUCAGCAAGGACGCACUCAACAUGGCAAGGUCUUUCGACGAGCGUCACAACAUCAUGUCCACCGCCACCGCCACCGUCGUGUCUCUAGAUCACCAGUACGGCCUGAGCGAGAAGAUCAGCCUGGGCCGGGCGGUCGUUGGGAGCAAGGUCAAGGAGGUGGACGAGCGGUACCAGGUGUCGGAGCUCACAAGGUCCGCCCUGGCCGCCGCCGAGCAGAAGGCCAGCGUCGCGGGCUCGGCUCUCAUGGGCAACCAGUACGUCUCGGCUGGCGCUUCCUGGCUUACCAGUGCGUUUGGCAUGGUGAGCAAAGCGGCGGGCGACAUGGGCUCCAUGGCCAAGGACAAGGUCGACAAGGCCGAGGAGGAGAGGAAGGCGAUCAUGUGGGAAGAGAGGAACGGGCUGGUGAGCGAGUACGCGAAGAUCCAUCUUGACGAGCACUCCUCGUGGGAGCCCGCGGUUCUUCCCGUGGAAUCUAUGGACGAGCAGAAGCUCCAGGCCGUGUGAUGAGCUGGUGAGCGAGUACGCGAAGAUCCAUCUUGACGAGCACUCCUCGUGGGAGCCCGCGGUUCUUCCCGUGGAAUCUAUGGACGAGCAGAAGCUCCAGGCCGUGUGAUGAGCCGGUAGCCGCUACGACUGGUGUGUGUCAUUCGUUGAUUGUUACUUGUCGGAUAUAUAUAGAGAUCCUUUUUUUCGCUGGAGCAAAAACAGGUUGUUGUCUGUCUAUCGGCGCCUACAGUGUGAUGUAAAUUUUAGAAUGCUGCGCUUGCUUGUGUUCCUGUCAGCUUUGUUAUGCUGCUAGAGCCACUGAAAGGGUUUUUUCCUUCUUGUUUUCUGCUACCAUAGAAUGCAACUCAUACUCGUUGGAUGUAAUUUACCUGAUGCUGAGAUCAGGUGUGGGAAUUGAAGUUACUUUUCUGUUCA